AUGAAAAAUUUUAUUUCUCUUGUGAGAGGCUCUUCUCAUUUUCAUCAUCAUCAGCACCACCCAUCACUCGUGAAUAACAUGUUUUCUACCAAGAGUACAUGUUCAGCUCGAGGAACGCUCUCCGUGCUCUUCCAACAACAAGCAUCAUCUUCCACCAAUAGUAAAAUGUUUCAUACGAGCGUUUUUUCAUUCCAACAACAAGAACAAGUCUCGCUUCAUUCCUAUCCUUCAUCAACCAUUCAGGAAAUUAUGAAUUCUCUUCCUGACCCAUCAACAUUGAACAUUAAACCUAGAAACAAGAAGACUCCUGUUGAAAGACAUAAAACAAGACAAACAUGGAGGGACAGACCAAAAAUCACAGCAAAAUUCCUCGAUACACUUCCCACAGUAACAUUCAGACAAAUUAAUAUUAAACAAGGCCCAAAGAAGGUGAAUGAAGUUACCGAAAUGUUACGUGGAAUUAGUGCAAAGGAAGCUCUCAUUCAAUUACAAAGUUGCGAGAAGAAAAUUGCUCCUAAAAUGUAUACAUUCAUUCGUAGCUGUAUGCUCAAUGCCGAAAACGUUCAUGGUAUGAACGCUGAUCGUCUUCUCAUCCGAGAAUGUAUCGUAAAUAAGCAGCAAUACAGAAAACAAUUGAGAUAUCAUGCCAAGGGUCGUUAUGGUGUCGAGUUGAAUAGACGAACAAGUAUUGUGGUCAAGAUGGUCGAGGUACCAGAGAUUGAAGGUGAACACAGAUUGGGUAGAUAUGGUUGGACAAAUAAGACUUGGAGAGAGUAUGAACAAGAAAUGUUGAGCGAGAAGACUACUGAAACUGUGGACAAUGCUGAAAUUAUUGAGCCAGAGGCAACCAUGCAAGAAGAGGCUUCUGACAACUCUGCAGCAGAAUCUGUAGAAACAGUCGAAGUGAAUGAAACACCAAACGCUUCCGAUAAGAAUGCCAAGCAAUAA